AUGACGAACAAUAUCGAUCGUGCACGUGGCUCAGAACGGUUUGCUAGCAGUCUCUCUGUGAGUACAUUAGAUGAUAUAGAUAAUCUGCCCCUUGCCCUUAAUGCAAAGACUAUUAUAAAACUGAUUGCUGUGACAACAUGUAGUCUGUUGUAUGGGUAUCACACUAGUAUUGUUACAGGUAUAUUGCUGGUUUUGAAGCCUGAAGACAUCAAUGCAUCUGAAAUAACUACCCUACAUAAGGAAGUUAUAACAACUGCUACUAAUAUUGGUGCUAUAUUUGGCUCAAUCGUGUCAUUUCCCAUGGCAGACACCCAUGGUAGACUGAAAACUUUACAUAUUUGUUCCUGGAUCUUCAUAGCAUCAUCUAUAGUUACUUCAUUGUCCUUCAGGUUGUGGAUCCUAGUGUUGGGAAGAUUCAUUAUAGGGGUUGCCAUUGGCAUAGGUUCGCAAUGUGUGCCAUUAUAUCUGAGUGAAGUCUCACCAGCCAAAAUUAGAGGUCUCGCAAUCACGAUAAAUUCUAUGUGUAUUACCAUGGGACAACUUCUAGCUUACUUAUUCGUCGUUCCAUUUAUAAAUACAGCAAAUUCGUGGAGAUUUCUCGUAUUUCUAGCUAUAUUGCCAGCUAUUUUAUUUAUAUGGUCAAAGGACAAAUUUCCUGAAUCACCAAGAUGGUUAGCACUAACUUCAGAUCCUGAGAGGGCAAGGCUGUCAAUUGAACGGAUAUAUCCCAUGGCAACAAGGAGACAGGUCAAUUUAAAACUUAAUGGACUAAUGUUAGAUUCUAAUCAGAUUGACCGUCAAUCUGGCUCAUAUUCGUCAAUCGCAUCACAAGCAUUCAAAUCGAACAAGAAAUUAGACCCAACUUCUAAGAAGGCUUUGAUAAUAGGAUGUAUAUUAAUGGUUUAUCAACAAACUUCUGGAUUUAAUGCCUUCAUUUAUUACGCGCCUCUUAUUUUCCAAGAUUUGAAUGUACUCAAUCCAAUGCUACCAUCAAUAGUGGUUGCAGCCACAAAUGUUGUAUUUACAGCAACAGCUUUGUACACCGUUGACAAGUUCGGCAAAAGAAUCGUGCUAUUAGUGACGUUAUGGAUCGUAAUUAUUGGAUUAUUGUUAUUUAGUUAUGGCUUCAAGACAAAUAAUGCCUCUCUACUAAUUAUAUCUCUGAUUAUUUACGUUGCUGGUUACGCAAGUGGAUUAGGGACAAUCCCAUGGUCUUCCGUAGAAUUUUUACCAACACAUUUGAGAUCUCUAGGCUCUUCAUAUAUCUCUUGUUCCAAUUGGGUGUCAAAUUCGUUGAUUUCGAUGACCUAUUUGUCUCUGAUGAAAAUAUGCGGCAAUGAAGCAAUGAUGGUUGGUUUUGCAACAGUAAUGUUCUCUUGCUGGUUUUUUACAUUCUUCUGGUAUCCUGAGGUGAAAGGGCUAUCGUUAGAGGAAAUCAAUAAAAUUUUUCAGAAUACAGGAGUGGAUGUCCAUUUUAUUUACAGGAACUACUAUUGA